AGUAAUUUUACAGCUGGCAUUUCUAGUUUUAGCACAGGGUAAGUAUGAAGCUUAGACAAGAAUGAAAUGCCAGACUGAGAAGCAAACACUGAGAUAAUCGCAUCUAAGCGCAUGUAAUGUGAUCUUAGAUUUUCUUAAAUAUAUGUUACAGAUGAAGAGAUUUGUUUGGGAGCUUUUUGAACGUCCUGUAUUUAGAUCACAUGAUAACAUUUCUAUAAUAAAUUAUACUCAGCGUGCUAAUGCACGAAGAGACACACUGAACAGAAGACGCUGCUGACAGAUAGCAAAAUUAUAUGCCUACUACCUGGACAGAGACCAAUUCUUCUUAAAACAGGUAUGGAAGAAGGACUCUCUGAAAUGUCGGAGCGGAUCAGAGGAGAUGGAGCUGUCGGAUAAGGGCCACGAUAGGCUGUCUGAAGAAAAGGAGGAACGGCAACGUCGUAAAGACAGGAAGUCCCCCAAGACGAGAAGCACGUCGAGAUCACGCUCUCGAGAAAGACGACACCAUAAUCGAAACUGGGACAAAAAAAGAUCUCGCUCACGCAGCGGUGACAAGAGAUCGAGGAGUCGUGAGAAGAAGAGACGGGGCAGAUCUCCAUCAAACUCCAAAACCAAACACAGACAUCGCAGCAGAAGCAGAGAGAAGAAGAAGAGAGUGGAAAAAACGAGGAGGAGAAGUCGUAGCCGAUCAGUCAGUCCUGUGGCUUUCAGGGGCAGAAACACAGCCAUGGAUGCUCAGGAGGCGCUGGCAAGAAGGUUGGAAAGAGCAAAGAAACUUCAAGAACAGAAAGAGAAAGAGCUGCUAGAAAAACAACAUCAGGAGAGAACAGCAGCAACGACUCCGUUGUUGUGUGACGCGGCCACUGCCGCGGCCGGCCCUGCUCUGAACGUUGCCGCUCUGCUGGCUUCCGGCACGCAGGUCACCCCGCAGAUCGCCAUGGCUGCUCAGAUGGCGGCGCUUCAGGCCAAAACGCUGGCAGAGACUGGCAUCGCUGUGCCGAGUUACUACAAUCCCUCUGCGGUCAAUCCGAUGAAGUUUGCCGAGCAGGAGAAGAAGAGGAAGAUGUUGUGGCAAGGGAAGAAAGAAGGGGACAACAAGUCACAGACGGCUGAGCUUUGGGAAAAGCUCAAUUUCGGCAACAAGGACCAAAAUGUUAAAUUUCGCAAACUGAUGGGCAUUAAAGGUGAAGAGGAAAGCGGUCCAUCAGGAGGAGGAGCAGCAGCAGCAGCAGCUCACGAAGAAGAUGGUUUGAAGACCUUGCAGCAGCAGGAGGAGAUGUUUCGCAACCUGGACGUCCAGUACGAGAUGGCACGAUCGCAGACGCACACACAGAGAGGAAUGGGCCUCGGCUUCUCCUCCUCUUUCUCCUCCAGGGGAAUGGAUGCCGUUUGAACUUCCUCUCUCGUCAUUCUCCAUUUUGUAUUGUUGUCGACUUCCCAGCUGUAAGGCCGGUGUGUAUCUGUUUGUAGAGAAUGCUGACACGUUAGCUUGUGAAGAUAUCCGCUUCAUCAGAUCUGGCCGGGUUCGUCUCGGAAAAAUUCACAUGUAAAUACAAUUGAUCACUCAAACAUGAUUUGUUGCUUGGUUUCUGGAAAUCGUGUGUUUAAUAUUGCAGAGCUUUCGUUGAGAUUUAGGGUGGGCAUUGUAAUUGUAUAACUGUUUGUUUUUUUAUUAAAACUGUGUUUACAGAUGAAUUCUUGUAUAGUCUGAUACGCCGAUGUUAGCGGUAUCUCAAAUGCAUGUGACGGACUAAUACACACUGACAUUGUUGGCCUAAUACCAAGAAUACUGUCAGUGUAUCCAAAGGUAACAGAUCUGUGUUUUAUUUAUGAUUACUGAAUCAUAUGAAGCUACAGCUUCACUUAGACAUACCUGAUGCACUGUCUACCUUGACAGUUUUGUGCUCGGAUGUGAAUGUUACAUUGUUAUCCAUCAAAGUACAAUAUGAGAGGAUGUGCUUCUAUUCUGAAGUAUUGUCACUAUAUAGCAAGGGCAUCGAAAGGCACGAUCCACACCCCCUUCAGACGUGACUCUGUAAAAAAACAGUGUAUAGUAAACAGAUCAUAGCACAAAAUAAACCUUGACACAAAGUGAAA